CUUGAUCGCGUUGCAAAUAUCAGUACAUCUAGAAGCGUAAUUUGACUAAAAUGGUCGUGUCAUAUAUUCUUCUUGCGUCUUUUCUCAGUUCUGCACUGAGUGAUACAACCUGUCCCGAUGCUUGGGUAGCAGACAGAGGGUCAUGCUACUUGUUUAGUAUAGACCAGACUUCUACCUUUGUCGAAGCACAGCAUUACUGUGGACAACAUGACGCACAUUUGACCAUUAUCGACGACGACUUUGAAAACAACUUUUUGAAAAGUUUCGUCAGAAAAUUUAGACACACAAACUGGUGGAUUGGGUUGACUGACGAGCUAGUUGAGGGUGACUGGCGAUGGUAUAAGACACAGGAAGUACCGGUGUUCACUGACUGGGCACCAAACGAGCCUAAUAGCUACGGCGGGAAACACAAUGAAGAUUGUGGUGUAAUGCAUACAAGCACAGACUUCAAAUGGGUGGAUGAUUUGUGCAGUCUACAUUACUCACCUAUAUGCGAAAAGGAGGCUGGUUCAACAACCGAAUUGACGGUCAUUGGAUAGAAGGAGAGGAAAGAACAUUUUGUCGAAUGUCAUUUUAUGAUAAAAUAUACAAAAUGUGAUUAAAUUAUAUAAGAUGCUUGA